UUCCUAACCCGGCCGCAGGCCGCAGUCUCUCUCCCCGACGCCUCUCUCUCCUUCCCCAAAUCGCCACCGCCGCCGACUCCCAGCACCGCGGCAGCCUCCGGCGAUCUCCCGCGCCGCCGCGUACCAGCGCCUCUCCGCCUCGCCUCUCUCCUCAAGCCCCCCUGCCGCCGCGAAAUCCUCCGAGCCGACACCCUUCUCCCCAACCUUCCACGACGGCGGCGGCGGCGUGAUUUGGUCGGAGCCCCAGCGUCUAGUAGCAGAAGCUCCGCCUCGAACGGCAAAGGGCUCGGCCGCACGGUGGAAGCAGGGCUUCCGCUUCGUUCCCGACGGCACAGCCCCCUAAAUCCUGCGCCUAAACCUUCCAAAUCUCGGGUGGGCCUAGAGUUUGUUCGGAGUGUCACUUGCCGUUCCCCUAAUCAGCCGGAGGCGGCGGCGGUAGGAAUGUCGGACGAAGAUGGUGACCCCGACUGGCUUACUGCCUUCAAGGCACCAAGUACUGCACCGGUGAUGCUUUCUUCUGAUUCCGAUUGUUCUCGUGGAAAUAGCCCUACAAGAACUGCUCCAUCUAAUCAAGAAGAAAAGGCUCCGAGGAAGAAGUUGAUGCUCUCAUCUGAUUCGGAAGCUUCUCCUGGAAACAGCCCUUCAAGGGCUGGUGACGCUGAUGAAGAAGAGGACUCACUUGCCAAUACCAGGAAAAAAGAUGGUCUGCAAUCUAAGGGUAAAAAAACAAAUGUUGCUGUAAGAAAAGUUCCUGCGAAAAGAGACGAUACCUUGGAACAACCCGAAGAUGAAGCUAACGAGGAAAAGAUGCAGGACAAGCUUGUGGAUAAUUCUGUCUCCCAGAGGUUGCCAUUGACCAUUGCUGAUAAAGUUCAACGUUCAAAGGCAUUGGUUGAAUGUGAUGGUGACUCGAUAGACUUGAGCGGAGAUAUUGGAGCUGUCGGCAGGAUAGUAAUUUCAAAUGGUCCGACUGGAAAUCAUGAUUUGUUACUGGACCUGAAAGGAACUGUGUACAAAUCAACUAUAGUGCCAUCCAGGACAUUUUGUGUUGUCAGCGUGGGACAAACAGAAGCAAAGAUUGAGGCUAUCAUGAAUGACUUCAUUCAGUUGGAACCUCACUCCAAUUUAUUUGAAUCAGAGACUAUGAUGGAAGGUACCCUUGAUGGAUUCACAUUUGAUUCAGAUGGAGAGGGUGAUAGGCUUCAUGAACUUAACGCUUCUCAGAAUGAUCCAAACAAUGAGAGUGAAGAUCAACCUAAGGGGAAAACCAAAAGGAAAGCAGCCGUGAAGCCAGCGGCUAAGGGACAGAAGAAGGCAAAGGUUGCUAAGAAGGGAACAAGGAAAACCCAAACAACAAAGAGAGCGAAGAAGGCAAAGAAAUAGUUACUUGCCGAAGAACUGGGGUAUUCACUCUGAACUAGUUUGUGAAAUAGCAAGGGUGAGGAUUCACUCUGAACUGACACAACGAAGCGAUGCCCUAUAACUGAUCCAGGUUUGGAUAUAGAGUAGCUAUUGCUGAGCCCACAUGUUAUGUGAUCUGGGCUUAUUGGUGUGCCAUGUUGUACUUUUUUAGGAAGACAAGGGGAAACACAGUGUUGUAAUGCUAAUAUCAUAUACUCUGUACUGGUAGUUAGCCAAUUCAGUGUCUGAGAAAUCAAACACUUGAUAUUUGUUUGUAAUAAGAAGAUGAGCCUUAUAUGCAUGUGCAAUGAGAGGUUGUACACUGUGA